AUGGAUCUGGCUGUGGUCCUCGUGCUCUGCCUCUCCUGCCUGCUUCUCCUCUCACUCUGGAAACAGAGCUCUGGGAAAGGGAAGCUCCCGCCAGGCCCCACUCCUCUCCCGAUUCUUGGAAAUAUCCUACAGCUCGAUGUUAAGAACAUUGGCAAAUCCUUAAGCAAUCUCUCAAACACCUAUGGCCCUGUGUUCACAGUGUAUUUUGGCUUGAGGCCCGCUGUUGUGUUGCAUGGAUAUGAAGCAGUGAAAGAAGCCUUAAUUGAUCAGGGAGAAGAGUUUUCUGGAAGAGGCAAUCCCCCAAUGUCUCAAAGAGUUAAUACAGGAUAUGGAAUCAUUUUCAGCAACGGGAAGAGAUGGAAGGAGACCCGGCGCUUCUGCCUCAUGACCCUGCGGAAUUUCGGGAUGGGGAAGAGGAGCAUCGAGGACCGCGUUCAAGAGGAAGCGCGCUGCCUGGUGGAGGAGUUGCGAAAAACCAACGGGUCACCCUGUGAUCCCACUUUCAUCCUGGGCUGUGCUCCCUGCAAUGUGAUCUGCUCCAUUAUUUUCCAAAAUCGGUUUGAUUAUACAGAUCAGAAUUUUCGUAACUUGCUAGAGAAAUUUAAUGAAAAUCUCCGGAUUGUGAGCUCUCCAUGGAUACAGAUCUGCAACAGUUUCCCUAUUCUCAUCGACUAUUUCCCAGGGAGUCAUAACAAAGUAUUUAAAAAUUUUGCUUAUGUAAGAAGCUAUGUUUUGGAGAAAGUAAAAGAACAUCAAGCAACUCUGGACAUUAACAAUCCUCGGGACUUCAUUGAUUGUUUCCUGAUCAAAAUGGAACAGGAAAAGCACAAUCAAGAGAUGGAGUUUACUUUUGAAAACUUGAUAGCAUCUGUGUUUGAUUUGUUUGGCGCUGGGACACAGACAACAAGCACCACGCUGAGAUAUGGGCUCCUCCUGCUGCUGAAAUACCCAGAGGUCACAGCUAAAGUCCAGGAAGAGAUUGACCGUGUGAUCGGCAGACAUCGGAGCCCCUGCAUGCAGGACAGAAGCCACAUGCCAUACAUGGAUGCUGUGGUGCACGAGAUCCAGAGAUACAUUGACCUCGUCCCCACCAAUCUGCCCCACGCAGUGACCCGUGACGUUAAAUUCAGAAACUACCUUAUCCCCAAGGGCAUGACUAUAAUAACAUCACUGAGUUCUGUGCUACAUGAUGACAAAGAAUUCCCCAACCCAGAGGUAUUUGACCCUGCCCACUUCCUGGAUGAGAGUGGCAACUUUAAGAAAAGUGACUACUUCAUGGCUUUCUCAGCAGGAAAACGAAAUUGUGUGGGAGAAGGCCUGGCCCGCAUGGAGCUGUUUUUAUUUUUGACCACCAUUUUACAGAAAUUUACCCUGGAAUCUGUGGUUGACCCAAAGGACCUCGACACCGCCCCAGUUUCUAGUGGGUUUGGCCAUGUGCCACCCCUGUACCAGAUCUGCUUCACUCCUGUGUGA